AUGUCCGAAUAUUUGAAUGAUAACCCAGAUGUGUUAGAGGUCGAUGAACUUCCAUCUAGAAAAGAGGACAACAACGAACACCUAUUCGAAAAUUUCGGUUCUCAAGAGGCCUUACAAAGAAAGAAGUUAUUAUUAAAGAUAGACCAUUCGCCUACUUCUCAAGUAUUACAUAAUAUUGAGUUAUUAGAUAAGUUACUUCUAUUGAAUAGCACCCCAGAUUUGAUCAGUGAUAAUGAGAAUUUACUUACAGAAAGUGAUUCUGAUUUGAAUGAUGAAAGUAUAAUUGGAGUCGGUAAUGAAAGUAUAUCAGAAGAAUAUCUAACUGAGCCUGCUGACCCUGUAGAUAUACAAGAGAUAUAUGACCUUACAGCACAUAUUUGUGAUCCUGAACAUCCUUUAACUUUAGGACAACUUUCCAUUGUAAACCUACCGGAUAUUGAAGUACAUGACGAUGGUAAUCCAGAGCACCUUGCUCAAGUCAUUAUAAGGAUUACUCCAACCAUCACGCAUUGUUCUUUGGCUACUUUGAUAGGUCUUGGUAUCCGUGUUCGUUUGGAGAGAGCCCUGCCACCUAGAUUUAGAAUAACGAUCUUGUUGAAGAAAGGGACGCACAAUAGUGAGCAACAGGUGAACAAACAACUAAAUGAUAAAGAAAGAGUUGCAGCUGCUUGUGAGAACGAACAGUUAUUAGGUGUUGUAUCCAAGAUGUUGCAAACUUGUAAGUAG